ACCAUAUCUAUAUUAGUCCACUCAUUAGUCACAGUGAACAGAAUCACAUAUGGAUAUAAUUCAAACUCAGCCAUUCGCACUCCGCCACGUGGUGGCAAUGCCUUGGCCAGGAAGAGGCCACAUCAACCCAAUGAUGAACCUCUGCAAACGCCUCAUCCUCCGAGACCCUAACCUCAUCGUCACGUUCGUCGUCACUGAAGAAUGGCUCGGGUUCAUCGGAUCCGACCCGAAACCCGACCGGUUCUAUUUCGCCACCCUCCCAAACGUCAUCCCCUCCGAGCUCGUCCGAGCCAACGACUUCAUCGGUUUCGUCGACGCCGUCCUCACCAGAUUGGAGGAGCCGUUCGAGCGGCUCUUCGACCGGCUAAAUUCGCCGCCUCCCACCGCAAUCAUCUCCGACACAUUCGUCGAUUGGGCAGUGCGUGUCGGCACACGGAGGAAUAUUCCGGUGGCUUCUUUCUGGACUACUUCGGCCACCAUUCUCUCCCUCUUCAUUCACUCCGAUCUAGUCGCAACUCACGGCCAUUUUCCGAUCGAACCAUCAGAGUCAGAAGAAGACGAAAUUGUUGAUUACAUUCCCGGUUUAUCUCCGACGAGACUCCGUGACUUGCCGCAGAUCUUCUACGGCUACACCCACCAGGUCUUCAAUAAAUUUAAGCCGUGCUUCGACGAGCUCUCAAAAGCUAAGUAUCUUCUCUUCCCCUCUGCUUACGAGCUGGAGCCAAAAGCCAUCGACUUUUUCACUUCCAAGUUUGAUUUCCCGGUUUACGCCACCGGUCCGUUAAUACCUUUCGAACAACUCUCGCUUGGAAAUGACGGCGGCGAACCCGAUUACAUCCAGUGGCUUGACAAGCAACCGGAAAGCUCUGUGCUUUACAUAUCUCAGGGGAGUUUUCUCUCGGUCUCGGAAGCUCAGAUGGAGGAAAUAGUGGUAGGAGUGAAACAGAGCCGAGUCCGGUUCGUGUGGGUGGCUCGUGGAGGCGAGUCGAAGCUGAAGGAAGCUCUUGAAGGUAGCUCGGGUGUUGUCGUGAGCUGGUGCGAUCAGCUUCGCGUGCUGUGUCAUAGAGCUGUUGGCGGAUUUUGGACGCAUUGUGGGUUUAACUCCACAUUAGAAGGGAUAUAUUCUGGAGUACCGAUGCUGACAUUUCCGUUGUUUUGGGAUCAGUCUUUGAACGCUAAGAUGAUUGUUGACGAGUGGAGGAUCGGAAUGAGGAUCGAGGGGAAGAAGAAGACUACGACGGAAGCGCUGAUAAGUAGAGAGGAGAUCAUGGAGCUUGUGGAAAGGUUUAUGGAUGUAGAGAGUGAAGAAGGGAGAGAGAUGAGAAGAAGGGCUUUUGAUCUGAGUGAGAUAUGUCGACGAGCGGUAGAGAAAAGAGGUUCUUCUGAUGUUAACAUUGACGCAUUCAUUCAAGAACUUACCAAGAUCGGAUGAGUUUUUUGUUUGUUUGUUGUAAGGUUCGAUUAUAGUUUAAAAGUUAUGGUGUAUGAGUGAGUAUUUGUAUGUGUUUGUAGAGAUUUACGAUUGUUUACAGAACAUUCGGUUUUGUUUAAGAGUUUAAUUUGUGAAACUCUUGAUCUCUCUGGUAGUGCUUUUUGGGUUCUUAACCAUUCUAUUUCUUGAUUUACA